AUGAAUGAAAAAUAUCUUAUCAAUAAUAUAGUAGUAAAAAAUUAUAUAAUAAAGAGAUAUAACAAGUGUCUCUAUAAAAAAGAAGAAGAUAAGAAUAAUGUGAUUAUAUUUUUAUAUAAAUAUUGUAAAUAUUAUAAAGAAUGGAGUUGCUAUGAAGGACAUAAAAUAUGUAGUGAGAAAAAUCAGAAAAGAAAAAACGUUUCUAUUGAAUAUACAAAUGAUAGAAAGAAGAAAUUAAAGAAUAUAAAGAAUAGAAUGUUAAAAUAUAUGAUUAUAUAUAAUUUCCCUUUAUUAUUUUAUAUGUUUUUUGUAUUUAUUAUAAUAUAUAUUUUUCUUCUUAUACUUUUAUUUUAUAAUAAUAAACAUUAUAUACAAUGCACAAUACCAUUUGAUGAUUGCCCAUUAAUUUUACAUGCUCAUCUAAAUAAUUUUUUAAAAAAUACAAAGAUUAAUAAUAUAUCUAAAGAAAAUAUUUAUUUAUUUUAUAAAAACAUGUUAUUAUUAUUAGACAAAAAUGGAAGGCAAAAUGAAAGGAAAAAGAAAAAACAACAAAAAAAAAACAAACAAAUCAAUGACAAAACUAAUAAUAAGAAGAAUGAAACAAAAAAAGAUAGUAAUCAUAAAUAUUAUGAAUAUCAAAAUUAUUAUCAUUAUAAUAAUAUAAAAGAUAUUAAUAUGUUAAAAAAAAAAAAAAUUUAUAAAAUUUUAAAUACACAAAAAGUAACAUGUACACAAUGUGAAAUUAUUUUUAAUAUAAUAAAUGAUGAAACUAUUGAUGAUAUAUUAAAUUUUUAUGAAAUCAAUAAAUGUGUAAAGCAAAUAGAUAGGACCUAUUGUAUAAAUAUAAAUGAUGAUACAAUAUAUAAUAAAAAAAUUCAUAUUUAUAAAAAAUAUACAGGACCAAUUAGACAAACAAAUCAUUUUGAUAUACUAAAGAAACACAAAAAUAUAUUAAGCCGGUAUUCUUAUCAUGAUGCAUACAUGAAGGAGAAGGUUGUCAUUCGUAACAGAAUAAAAUAUCUCUAUCCCUUUCUUCAAGAUUAUUUUUUAAACUUAGAUUAUUUUAAAUUAUAUGACAACCUCCAAAAGAAAAUUGAGGUUAAUGAAGAAAGCCUGAGGAAGUUCUCCUUCCUAUACGAUAAAAGCUUAAAUUUAUGUCGUUCAUCUUACAAAAAAAAAUAUAGAAAGAGCACCUUUUUUUGGAUAUGCCCAAACUUUUAUAAAGAAAAAAAAAAUUUAAAGGAAUAUAAAAUAUCCAAGAUGAUAGAGGAAUUUUUAAACUUCCAUAGUUUAGGAUAUGCUCAUAAAAAUAAACAUAUGAUAGAAAUGUCUAAAUCAAACCCUUUAAGAUAUACAUAUAAACAUUUUGGAUAUAUAAAAGAUAUGCUGAAGCUUCCAUUCCGUGUUGACAUAUAUAACAGAUUUAAAAUCUUAGAAAAUGAAUUUCUCGUCACAGAAAUAAUUGAGCAAAUGUAUAAGGCUUUUUUCUGCGACAACCAAAAGAAAAACAAGGAACAUAUUAAGAGCAAUGUAAAGAAAAAUGAAUAUAAAAAAGGACAAGUGAAUAAUAAUAAUAAAAAAAAAUAUAAUAAUAAUAAUAAUAGUAAUAAUAAUAGUAAUAAUAAUAGUAAAUAUAGUAAUAAUUAUUCUAAAGAUAAUUUUAAUUUAGACAAUAACAACACGAACGAAUACAAAGAUAAGGAAGUUCUACACAGAGAAGUGAGCUCAGAAAAGCUAGCUUUUUUUCCUAAAGAAUAUACAAAAAAAAUUAAUCUACAAGUUGUAUUAGGAAAUAAAUAUCAUGAAAAAAAUGUUGAUAGAAAUAAUAGACGAAAUAUUAUUCCACACAAUAGGGAUAAUAAGAAAGAACAAGUUAUAAAUGAAAAGAAUGAUACACAGACGCAUAUAAGUAAUAUUUGUAAAAAUAUUGAAACGGAUGAAAGUGAAGGAGAAUAUGAUGAUUACUAUGAUUAUGAUGUAAACAGUGAAGAUGUAGAAGGUGAUGAUGUGGACGGUGACGAUGUAAAUGGUGAUGAUGUAAAUGGUGAUGAUGUAGAUGGUGAUGAUAUAGAUGAUGUAGAGGAUAAAUAUUAUGGAGAAGAUAGAGAAGACAUAAGUAAGGUGCAUAAAAAAUAUAAAAGCAUUUCAGAAAUUAAAGACGUUUUAAUAGAAGAGGUCCCUAAGACAUUUGAAGAGAAUAAUCCUUUCAAUUAUAAAAAUUCGAAAUAUAAAUUUAGUAAAGAAAUAGUAAUAAUAUCUUCAUCUAUAUUUUUUGGACAUAUGAAAAACAUGUUUAACUGUAUUUUUUAUUUUGUGUGUCUUCUUUUGGUUAUACAAAUAGUGUUAAUACUUUUAUAUAUAUAUAUCAAAACGAACGAUGAGGUUUCUAUAAUACUCAAGGAUAAAGGACAUACUGAGGAAAUCUCUAACUAUCUUAAGAGACUAUCAAAAUAUAUGUUGAAUAAAAGGUGUGUUAAUACGAACAUGGAUCAUUUUAAAAGUGGAAGGCACAUGAGUAGUGUUAAUUAG